AUAGAAGAGAGAUUUGAUGCCUUCAGGCGACCCAGAGCCGCCUCCGUAGUUGGGGUCCUCAGGCAGGACCGGUUGAUGUCAUUCUUUGUGGUGGCUGCAGUGGCAAGAUGGCGGGGGAGAGGAAGCUGCUGGGCGCUGACCGGGGGGAUGCUCCCGGAGCAGGGGCUGAAGAAGACGAAGGGCAGAGCUUAUGGUCUUCAAUUCUCAGUGAUGUUUCAACAAGGGCAAGAUCGAAGUUACCCUCUGGGAAAAACAUAUUGGUAUUUGGAGAGGAUGGUUCAGGAAAGACCACACUCAUGGCAAAACUUCAAGGUGCUGAGCACAACAAGAAAGGAAGGGGGCUUGAAUAUUUAUACUUGAACAUUCAUGAUGAAGAUAGAGAUGAUCUCACACGUUGCAAUGUGUGGAUUUUGGAUGGAGACUUGUACCACAAAGGCCUUCUAAAAUUUGCGCUGCCUGCAGAAUCUAUCAGUGAGACCGUGGCAGUGUUUGUUGGGGACAUGUCCAGACCCUGGACUAUUAUGGAAUCAUUGUUAAAGUGGGCAAGUGUUCUGCGAGAGCACAUAGAUAAACUGAAAAUUCCUCCAGAGGAAAUGCGAGAGUUAGAACAAAAGAUUAUUAAGGACUUUCAAGAGUAUAUUGAACCUGAAGAAGCACUCUCAGGAUCGCCGCAGAGAAGAGCUCCUACAUCAUCUGGGAUAGAGGAUGAAAAUAUUGUCUUGCCUCUUGGGGAUAAUAUUCUAACACACAACCUUGGAAUUCCUGUGUUGGUUGUUUGCACUAAGUGUGAUGCAGUUAGUGUUUUGGAAAAGGAGCAUGACUACAAAGACGAGCAUUUUGACUUCAUCCAGUCUCACAUCCGGAGAUUCUGCUUACAGUAUGGAGCUGCCUUAAUUUAUACAUCUGUUAAAGAAGAAAAAAACCUGGAUUUGCUGUAUAAGUACAUUGUACACAAAACAUACAGUUUUCACUUUAAUUGUGCUGCCGUGGUGGUGGAGAAAGAUGCCGUGUUUAUUCCUGCUGGCUGGGACAAUGAUAAAAAAAUAGGAAUUUUGCACGAAAACUUUUCAACAGUAAAACCUGAAGAUGCCUAUGAAGAUUUUAUUGUUAAACCUCCUGUUAGAAAGCUGGUUCAUGACAAAGAAGUUGUUGCUGAGGAUGAGCAAGUCUUUUUAAUGAAACAACAGUCAUAUUUGGCAAAGCAGCCAGCCACUCCCACACGAGCCUCGGAGUCCCCAGCUCGAGCUCCCACAGGAUCGCCCCGCACUUCUGGUAGAACAGGUCCAACUGCUGUACCCAGUUCUUCACCUAUGGCAGCUGUCAAGAAGCCAGACCCCAACAUUAAAAAUGCUGCUGCCAGUGAAGGUGUCCUUGCCAGUUUCUUUAACAGCCUGCUGAGUAAAAAGACAGGAUCACCUGGAAGCCCAGGUGGAGGAGGCACGACACAAGGUGUGGCCAAAAAGCCAGGCCAGAAGCCGGUAUUAACCAAUGUCCAAGAGGAGCUAGACAGAAUGACCCGCCAGCCAGACACUGUGUUAGCCAAUUCUUCCCUAACGGAGAAUGAGGCCUGACCAUCUUAUUAAGCUAAAGAAUACCAACACUUAUGUAAAUGACCAAAUAAUAUUAUUGUAUACAGAACUGAUGAUACCAAGGCUGCUCUGACACAGCAGAUACUGUAGUUUUUCUUGUGGAAAGAGACAAGCAAAUUCACUUGUCUUAAGCGUUACAUACCCUUAUGGGAAGUUUGCCUUGAAUUGCCACAUGAUUUUUUCCUUAAGUGCAGGGGUUGGGCUAGCACUGCACUUUUCUGCACCUAAAAGCACUUAACGUGUUGUACUUACAUACUAGUCCAUCCUGAUGGAGGCUAAAAGGUAAAUUGUAUUUUAGACAGCAUUCCCCAUUUGGUUAUGAACCUGCUGUCUUGUUACAUAGUAAGCACUGCCCUUGAAGGCAACCAUAUGCAAUCCAGAAUGGGAUUUUAGAAAGUGAGUUGAAAGUGUUCCCUGAGGAUAACCGUAUGUUGUUAAGAGUUAGAGAAGCAGUUAGCCAGACUCUGUGCUAUUCAUGUUUUAACGUGCUUUGCCGGACCAUUUACCGAACCAUGUUUGGGGGGAAUUCACCCCAAGCAAAUAUGGAAAUAUUGGAGAUAAAAGAAAAUCAUUUUAUAUGAAAGUUUGAUGGAAAUAACGCUGGGCAAAGCAUAGUAUGUUUGGUCAGUUCCAAGUGCCUGGUACUGUAGUGAGAAAGUGCCAUCGCAGGUCCUUGGAGUAAUUAUGCACUGUAAUUGCAGUCACUUUUUACAUAUAUAUUAUUUGCAAGAGCUCUACCAACAGCCUUUCUGUACUUAGGUAGGGUUUUUUGUUUUUUUUUAAAUAUAUUUUUAUUUCCAAAAAUACAAGCUUGUGUAAGGAGGAUAAGAGGGAUGUGCUUGAAACCGCCUCCAUGGAGUUAGUAGGUAACCGCACAUCAAAGACUUGUUUUUAGGAUUUUUUUUUUUUUUUAAAUCACAGACUGAAUUUUAUUUGCGGUUAAAUUGUCAGCCUUUGCAGGUAUUUCUGCACAUUACAUGGCUAGUUAGAAUCUUUGUAUGUCAGUGCCAUCUAUACACACAUUUUUCAAAAAGGGAGUAGGAGUAACACUGGGUCAUUUUAAAUACACUACUUUGCCCUACAAAUUACCUAUAGAUUAUUUUAUUUUAAAUUUAAGAGAGCAUGUCUGAUACUGGACUUUUAUUUACCAGCCUUUGCCACCUGAAACAGAAGGCUGUGAUAUUAUUCUGCUUUCUUUAUGGGGGUUUUUGAUAGUAUCAUGAUCAGUGUUUACCCAUGGGCAGAAACCCAUAGCAGCCAAUUGCCUCUUUAUCUAAAGCUAGGCAUAAAUGACAUGAGCAGUUUUCUCUUUUUUGGCUUGGACAAAUUAGGAUAAAGGGGGCCUCUGGGCCAAUAAUUGGAUCAUAAUGGGGGCCUUGGAAGACAUGUCAGAAGAGAAGCGUAUCAACACACUGAUGGCGCUUCUUGAUUGACUUCAUUUUUAAAUCUGUCCAGUGGAUAUGUCUGGCCAGUUUUCUUUCAGGUUGGAAGGACCUCAUAUAUGGGUCACUAAGCUACUGACUUGGUUUGGAGGGGCACAGUCGGAAGCUUUUAUCUGCCUGUAUAUGGCUACAUUUUCUUAACUGAAUUGACUGUAUAAGUAACUGCUGAUUGAUACCUUCCGAUUAAUGGACCAGGGGAAAACUUUGCCCACGUUACUCUAUAACCCUCAUGACUUUGUGGUAAUGAGGACUAUCUGUCACCAUAGAUCAGCUCUUGCCACAUUUUCAUUAUACCAGUCUUCUCUUGCAUUGUUGAGGUUGCCUUCAUGUUAGUCAGUGUUGUUAUAUUAUUACCUUUCCCUCGAUACGUGGCCAGCGCUGUCAUCUUAAGUGUUAUCUGCCCUUAUGAACCCAGUCUAUGAACUUUUGUUUUUUUUGUAAUGUCCUUACAUUCAAAUGACAAACAAUAUUGUGCUGAAAGUGUAUUGAUUUGAAUGUAAAACAUAUUAAUACUUUGUACAAAGAGCAGUUGACCACUAUAUAUUAAUAUAAUUUACAGCCUACGUUUUUGUAAGAAGUCCAAUUUUAAUGUAUUUAAAACACUAUCUAACACAUCUAAUGUGCUGCAAAAUGUACUUACCUCUAAGAAAUACCUGUGUUUCUGACUAGUUUACUGAUACUCUUACUGGAUGGUUUUGUAUGUAAAUAAGUAAUGUACAUAUGCACAGAGGAAGGUUUGCAAGCAAGUGGUUUGAAGGCAGCAGCCCACACUUAGUAAUGUAUAUGCUGCAGUGCAUAGGGCAAUGAUGGCUAACUUGCUUUCUCAGCCACUGAUCCACAGGAUAGCCAUCCCUGGGAUACUCGCACUCCAGCUGGUCUGUGCCCAUUCCACCUUGACAUGUGGAUUUGUAUUUAUUAUUUUUACAUUGUUCUUGCCUACAUUACAAAGCAUUUGCUUCCCCACAGGACUGAAAACUCUGUAAUUAUUACGCACCUUAUUACAGCGUUGGGAUUGCUUAUAAGAUUGUCUUAUUGAAAUAUGCUAAACCUGAAGAGAUCUGCCUACUGGUGGGACACAGAAACACUUGCUUCCUAACUACAUUGCCUGCAAUUCCUAGCUAACUAGCCCUAAGCUGCUAUGCUAUAAUGUACAUUACUUAAAGCAUAAGUAAACAUAUGUAUUUAAUUGUAUUUGCAUUAAACUAAAUAGUUAGCCCGUUGCAGCAUAUACAUCUAUAGACUAGGCAUGCAUUCUAAGGCAGCUCCUGUGUGCAAUGCUAUGGAGCCAGGUAGCCUAAAAACGUUUCUUCUCAGUUGCCAUAAGCAGGGCUGAGGAAUUAUACGUGUACCCAAAGUUUGCCAGAAUAAAGGGAAUUAUAUGUUAGUUAAAUAUGAUACCUAUCUGAUGAGAUUCCUCAGGCAUUGUUUUGUUUUAUUUUUAUAUUAGGAUUUAUUGCAUUGCCUUUCAUAAUGUUCCAACUACAAUCAUGUUCUUAUUUAGUUAAGUUGUAAUUUGCAAGUGUUUUUAGCAGUGCAACCAAACCCAUUACUGCAGGCGGCCUUUAUUCUACUUGUUUAAUCCAAAUGAAGGACUCUUGGUAUGUGCUGUGUGUUGUCAUGCAGCUGGUAGUAGCUGAAUAUCUCCUGCGCACAAUGUGUGGGAGAGAUUUUCUAACUUUUGCUUUCAAUAACUGGUGCAUAAUUUACCCUUUAGGUCUGCUUAUACCUAGCACCAUCUGGUUUCCCUUGUACUUAUUAUCCUUUUAUAACUACUGAAUUUUAUAAGUCUUUAUUAUUCCUUUACUCCAGAAACAUCAGUUCUCCCUUUGCUGUUCAACCCCCCCCCCCCCAAGUAAUUCAAGGCAUAAGGUGGGCUGCAUCCAGAAACACUAACUUAUUCUUAAAAAAUGAUCCCCCUUUAGCAGCAGAGGCAAGAUUGGCGUGAAACUGCAAAGUUAGCAUCACUGCCUUUAUUAAUUGGUACAGAUUUGACUAAUUGGGUAAAACUAAUCCUAUAUCACUGUAAGUCAUGGAUCCCCAACCUUGCUUACCCAUGAGCCACACUCAUUGGGAGCAACACAAGCAUGAAAAAUGUUCAUGAGGAUGCCAGAUAUGGGCUGUUAUUGGCUGUUCGGUAGCCCCAAUAUGGAUUAGCAGCCCAAAUGAGGCUCUGUUUUGCAGUAUACCUGGUUGUUAUGCAACCAAAACUUGCCUCCAAGUCAGGAAUACAAAAAUAAGCACCUGUUUGAGGCCACUGGGAGCAACAUCCAAGGGGUUGGGGAGCAACAUGUUGCUUACGAGCCACUGUUUGGGGAUCACUGCUGUAAGUGAACUGUGGCUAUUCUCUUACGGAUCCCUGUGUUUUAUUUUUAGAAGGACAAAAAUGUUGCAUAAGGGCAAGUCUGUUUUAACAUGGAGAAUGGAAGCACUGACACAUCUGGUGAUAUUAAUUGCAUUUUACAAUAUUCUCAAUAUUGGCAAAAGUAACAGUGACAGCAACAUCUUUUUUAAUCUGAAUGGAAUAAGUUAUUGGCAUUCCAAGUAACAAUGUUAUUCACUGCCUUGUAACAUGUUUACCCCCUUCUACUGCUUGCAUAUCUUGUAUAUUGCAGUGCGUGCAACUAGUUUGUCCAAUGGGGGAAAUUGUUCACCCUUUGUUGGAUGCCCCUUCAAAUGACUAAUACCCCAAGCACACGUUGUCCUGUCCUGCAAGCUGUAACCAGAUGUGAGCAGUAGUCACAUGAAGAAUGCUUAAUGCUGGCAGAAUAAGAGGAAGUGUUUCUGGCUUCAAUAAACAUCAUUGCAAAAUGGG